AGUAUGCUAAUUACAGAUGAGGAUCGAGAUGAAACGGAGAUGUCGAAAAAGGACGUUGCCUCUCAAACCUUGUCAUUCUAUCAACUUUUGAGCCAGGCAGAUCAGUUAGACUGGAUUUUGAUGUGUCUCGGUACCUUAGGUUCCAUUGUCCACGGCCUUGCCCAACCCAUCGGGUUUCUUCUACUAGGCAAAGCUCUUGAUGCCUUUGGUAAUCACAUCGAUGAUACCGAUGAAAUGGUUAAUGCUCUUAAAAAGGUUAUUCCAUAUGUCUGGUACAUGGCUUUCGCUACAUUUCCAGCUGGAAUACUAGAGGUAGGUUGUUGGAUGUAUGCAAGUGAAAGACAAGUAAGACGCUUAAGAUUAAGAUUUCUGAAAGCAGUCCUUAGCCAAGAGAUUGGGGCCUUUGAUACCGAUUUAACGAGUGGAAAAAUAAUCAGUGGUAUAAGCAGUCACAUGUCAAUCAUUCAGGACGCAAUUGGUGAGAAGUUGGGACAUUUCCUAUCAUGCUUUGCGACUUUUUUUUCCGGCGUCCUGAUUGCUCUUAUAUGCUGCUGGGAAGUGUCACUUCUAGCAUUGUUUGUUGUCCCCAUGAUUCUCAUAAUUGGUGCUACUUAUACAACAAAAAUGAAUGCCCUUUCAGUAACAAGGAUGGCAUUCAUGUCGGAGGCUACUGCAAUGGUAGAACAGUCAAUUUCCCACAUCAAAACUGUGUUUGCAUUCGUUGGAGAGAAAUCAGCAAUUAAAUCAUUCUCAGAUUGUUUAGCAAAGCAGAUAGGCAUAAGCAAGAAUGAGGCAUUCAUAAAGGGGUUUGGGACAGGUAUGUUCCAGAUUGUAACAUUCUGUUCUUGGGCACUUAUUGUAUGGGUUGGAGCCGUUGUUGUGACAGCAGGGAGAGCGCGUGGAGGAGAUGUUAUUGCUGCAGUUAUGAGCAUUCUCUUUGGAGCUAUAUCACUCACAUAUGCUGCACCAGAUAUGCAAAUCUUCAAUCAAGCAAAAGCUGCAGGAAAGGAAGUCUUUGAGGUGAUCAAAAGAAAGCCAUUAAUAUACAGCAAUAAUGAGGCAAAGACACUGGACCAGAUCAACGGCAGCAUAGAUAUAUACGAUUUGCAUUUUGCUUAUCCAUCCAGGAAAGGAACUUUAGUUCUUCAAGGUUUUUCAUUGUCAAUCCCAGCAGGAAAAGUAGUAGCGCUUGUUGGAAGCAGUGGGUGCGGCAAGAGCACCAUCAUGUCACUAAUAACAAGAUUUUACGACCCUGUAAAAGGUGAGAUUCUCGUUGAUAACCACAAUAUCAAGGAUCUUGAUCUAAAGUCUCUCAGGAGAAACAUAGGACUAGUUUCACAGGAGCCAUCACUAUUUUCUGGAAUCAUCAAAGACAACAUUAAGGCAGGAAACCCCAAUGCAGAUGAUGAUCAGAUCCAGAAAGCAGCUCAAAUGGCUAAUGCGCACUCUUUCAUAUCCCAGUUUCCGGACCAAUACUUGACUGAGGUUGGACAAAGGGGCGUCCAAUUAUCAGGUGGUCAGAAACAGAGAAUUGCAAUAGCUCGAGCCAUCCUAAAGAAUCCUCCAAUUCUCUUACUAGAUGAAGCCACCAGUGCCCUUGACACAGAAUCAGAAAAGAUAGUUCAAACAGCCAUUGAGGCAGCAAUGCAGGGGAGGACAGUCAUCUUAAUUGCCCACAGAUUAUCCACCAUUGUAAAUGCAGAUAUGAUCGCUGUUGUAGAAAAUGGAAUAGUUGCAGAGACGGGAACACAUGAUUACUUGCUAACCAACAACAAGUUUUACAAUAACUUGUUUGAAAUACAGAAUAUCAAUCAAGAAAGUGAUACAAGGGUAGAGGAUUCAAUAGAAGGCGGACCAAGUAUACAGACACGGAUUUCAUCUCAGCUCCUGGACCAAUCUGAUGAAACUAUGGAAGAAAACAGAAUUCCACAAACCCCUCACAAGAAAGAGGAACUGAAGGAAAGAACUGAAAAUUCUAUAUUCUUCAGGAUCUGGUUUGGCUUAAAGAAGAGAGAGGUUGUAAAGAUUGCCAUCGGCUCUUCUGCAGCAGCUUUUGCAGGGAUCUCUAAACCUGUUUUUGGAUUCUUCAUCAUAACUAUAGGAGUGGCAUACUACAAAAACGAUCCAGAGCAGAAAGUAGGAGUAUACUCAUUAAUUUUUUCGGCGGUAGGAUUUCUCUCAUUGAUUGCCCACACUUUGCAGCAUUACUUAUUUGGAGUAAUUGGAGAGAAGGCAAUGACAAACCUAAGGCAAGCUUUAUAUUCAGAUAUACUACGAAAUGAAUUGGCUUGGUUUGAGAAGCCUGAAAACAGUGUGGGAUCUGUUACAUCACGGGUUAUCAAUGAGACAUCCACAGUCAAGACCGUUAUUUCCGACCGUAUGUCUGUUAUUGUUCAAUGCAUCUCCUCCAUAUUGAUUGCAACAAUAGUCAGCAUCAAAGUCAACUGGAGAAUGGGUUUAGUCGCUUGGGCUGUGAUGCCCUGCCACUUCAUCGGUGGGCUAAUUCAAGCUAAGUCGGCAAAAGGAUUUUCAAGUGGUAAUAAUGCUGCUUAUUCAGAACUGGUUGCCCUUGCUUCUGAAUCAGCAUCCAACAUAAGAACCAUUGCCUCUUUUUGCCAGGAAGAGCAUGUAAGUGAAAAGGCAAAGAUUAUUUUGGAGAAGCCACUGACGAAAAGCAGGAUACAAAGUGUCAAAUAUGGAAUCAUUCAAGGUGUAUCCCUCUGUUUAUGGAAUAUUGCUCAUGCUGUAGCAUUAUGGUAUACAACUAUCCUCGUCGAGAGAAGACAAGCCAGCUUUGAGGAUGGAAUAAGAUCAUACCAGAUAUUCUCUCUCACAGUACCAUCAAUUACAGAACUGUGGACGCUUAUACCUACUGUUUUCUCUGCCAUCAGCAUACUUACACCUGUAUUUGAAACUCUUGAUCGACAGACUGAGAUUGAGCCAGACGAACCAAGGAAAUCACCAUACGAGAGCAUUAAGGGGGAGAUAGAAUUUCGAAAUGUCCAUUUUUCAUAUCCCUCAAGAGCAGAAGUGACUGUACUUGACAACUUCAACUUGAAAAUUGAACCUGGAUCAAAGGUUGCUCUUGUUGGACCAAGUGGAGCCGGGAAGUCUUCAGUUCUAGCACUGCUGCUCCGGUUUUACGAUGUCAAAGAAGGAGUACUACUAAUUGACGGGGAGGAUAUUAGAAGUUAUAAUCUGAGGAAGUUGAGAACACAAAUUGGCUUGGUGCAGCAGGAGCCACUUCUCUUCAGUUGCUCAAUUAGAGAUAAUAUAUGCUAUGGGAAUGAAGGGGCUUCUGAAGCAGAAAUCAUACAGGCAUCAAUGGAUGCAAACAUACAUGAAGUGAUAAGCAAUCUGCCUAGAGGAUAUGACACAUCGGUAGGGGAAAAAGGAUGCCAACUUUCAGGUGGCCAGAAGCAAAGGAUAGCUAUUGCUAGGGCUCUACUGAAAAAUCCAGCAAUAAUGCUUCUCGAUGAAGCUACAAGUGCACUUGACGCCGAAUCCGAAAGAGCUAUCAUCUAUGCUCUGAAAGGACUAAAACAGAGAACGACACAUGUCACAGUCGCACACAGGCUGUCAACUGUAAUAGACUCAGAUACCAUAUUUGUUAUGGAUAAGGGGAAAGUAGUUCAAAUGGGUACACAUGCAAGUCUAGCAGCAGCUAGUGACGGAGUUUACUCAAGACUUUCCAGGCUCCAGAAUUUCCCAGAAAAUUGAUGAGUCUACAUAUACAUACAGCAAGCAACUAAAUUAAAGUAGGAGUGUUUUUUCUUCAUUGUAUUGACCUUGAAGCCUCCAUGUUAUGUCAGUUGUAACAACUUAUAAGCUUGGAUUUAUAUGAACUAUAGUGAUAGUGUUAUAGAUAGAUGUAAGGUACCUGGAAUAAGUAAGAAGUUUAAGUUUACAUACCAAAAUUCAAGAGCAGGCCAUUGUAUUGACCUUGAAGCCUCCAUGUUAUGUCAGUUGUAACAACUUAUAAGCUUGGGUUUAUAUGAACUAUAGUGAUAUGUUAUACAUAGAUGUAAGGUACCUGGAAUAAGUAAGAAGUUUAAGUUUACAUACCAAAAUUCAAGAGCAUGCCGUCCAAGGUUUUGGGCUUCUCCAACUCUCUCCUCAUG